AUGGUGCAAUUUCUCCUCGACCAUGGCGCAAACCCGGAGCCGACAUCGAGAUACAUGACGCCCCUGAUGGCUGCUGUCCACGGCGGAAACCGCGAUGUUGUCAAGCUGCUACUGGAGAAAGGGGCUGACAUUGAGGCAACUGACAAUCACAGUUGGAUGGCGGUCACCCAUGCCAGCUGUUGGGGUUGCUAUGCUGUCCUUGAAACACUCGUGCAGCACGCACCCCUGGUGGAAUACACAGCUACAGAGACACCACCGCUAUUGCCUCAGGCGGCAAGGAGAGGGAGGUAUAACACUAUGAAGAUCCUACUCGAGAACGGUGUCGGUGCCAACAGUGCCGAAGAGGGUCAGAGUGCGCUGGCUCUUGCGAUUCGUCGGAGGCGGUACGACAUUUGCGAGCUCCUUCUUAACGGCGGCGAAGGUUGGACAGCUGCAGAUCCCAACUACACACCCGAAGACUCGACGCCGCCUUUGGCGCUCGCCGUCGAGAUGUGCAAUCUUGAUAUUGUCAAAUUGCUGCUCGAAAAAGGUGCUGACAUCCAAAAGGCGGAUCAGACCGAUGGGUGGUACCGGGCGCCCUUGAGCACUGCAAUCCUGUACAUCGGGACGUAUUCGAAGACCGACAUCAUAAGACACUUGCUUGAGAACAAGGCAGACCCUCUCGUCUCUGAUGAAGAUGGCUGGACGCCGCUCUGGACGGCUGCGAACGAGGGAUACUCCGAGGUCGUCCGAUUGUUGUUGACGUCCGGAGCUGCGCCGUCGCUGGAGACCCCAUGUGGCAAGAAUGGGUGGACGCCCUUGUGCACAGCCGUUGUCCAGGAGCAUACAGACGUGAUCCAGGUACUCGUCGAGUUCGGGGCAGAUUUCAACAAGGAAGUUGAAUCCGGAGCUACAUCGAUUGCCCUUGCCGUGGAAAAUAGUGAUGCAGAGAGCCUUCGGCACCUCCUGUCCAGUCCCAAGCAGAAACCCGAUAUCAAACAUCCUUCAGUGAAGAGCGCACUUCUCGAUAAAGUGAGGUGGAGUGACAACUGCCAGGAGGUCUUGGGCAUGGUUCUUGCGGCUGGGGCGGAUGUUGACAUGGUCGAGCAAACUGGGGCCAAGGCACCACUUCUCAUGGCGGCGAUGGCAAAUCCGACUCCUUUGACAAACAAGCUCGCCCAGACCAUCCUAAUGUACGGCCCAUCUGUCGACUUCAAAGACGAGUUCGGCAACAACGUCCUCACCAGCAUCAGUCCCUAUACCUCGGUGAACACCAUCAGGAUACUUCUCCGCCGUGGCGCUAUAUUGGACGUCAACAGCAGUGGUCAAGGUCCCCUCAUAGCCGCGAUUGAAGCUGGCAAUAUGGAUGUUUUCAAAUUCUGGUUGACCCAAGACGUUGUGAAAUCAUCCGUCAAUACGCCCAGUACCUAUGGAACCUCACUACACCACGCCGUCAGGGUGGACAACAUCGAGAUGGUCAAGACAUUGAUUCAGCACCAUGGCGCCAACAUUGAUUUCUCCGAGGAUCUCAAUCGUGGCACGCCUAUAAUGACGGCCAUCAGCCUGUCACGAGAUUCUAUAGUCAAGAUGCUAUUGGACGCCGGGGCACAGUUGACGCGCCCAGCAGGCCUGCUCUCGUUUCCGAUCAACAUUGCCAGCGCAAUGGCCCCACCGAGUGUCAUCCGGCUGCUCCUUGACAAAGCCGACUCUGGCGUGUCAAUAGACGUCCGUGACCAGUUCGAAAGAAAGCCUGCUCAUCUCGCAUGCUACAACAGCCUAGAAGCGUUCAACGAGCUGUGCAUUCCGGACGGCGACUUUGCCGCCAAGGACCGAGUGGGCCGCGUACCGCUGCACUAUGCUGCUCUCUCUGGCAAUGUGAAACUUAUGGAAGUUGUGAUUGAGCGCUCGCAACGUGUCGGGGUGGACAUCAACGUCGAGGAUGACGACGGCUGGACACCUCUGCUAUGGGCUGCGAGGUUUUCCAAACCCACGUGGAUUUCUUCGUCUUCCUAUAAGCCCCAGGAGAUGAUUGAGUAUCUUCUCAAUAACGCGGCCGUCGAUGCUAGCGUGUGCGUUGGCGGCAUAGGGGCUGACGAAGGCGACAAAAGCUGGUCGGCUGCCGACAUUGCUGAGUAUUCAGAUCAUCAAGCAGAUCCAGCUAUCAUCAGCCUCCUGAGAGAAAGAGUGACCGAGAGGGGCAUGAGCUCCACUGGGAGGGGAAAGCGUGGCGCUGACACUUCACGCUACUGUGAUUCCGUCAACGAUGGGUUGGACUCACCCGUGCUGGAGGGGGGCAGCCCUGUCCCCCAGGACCUUAUUCUGGACCAGCCUGUAUACGAGGGCGAGGAUGACGCCGCUGAUGCGACCGAAACAGAUAUGUUUGAUGACGUGCCGGAGUAUGAGAGUGGGGAUGGUGGCGAUGACCUAUAA